UCAAAAUUUGUAGAACAAGACAAGUAUAAAUGGUCGUACAUUCAGGAAAAAACAUUAAUUCAAUUGUUCGACGAAGCAAGUGCGAUGAAUAAUUAUACUCUUAAGAAUCCUACUGCUAUCGGUAGAGAGUAUAUGGUAGAAAAAUUUAACCAAGCAUUCAACAUGAAUAUAACUUAUGGAUUCUUCAAAAACAAACUUGAUGAAUUCAAAAAAAUUUACAAGAGGUGGAAGGUUCUUACACAUAAAACCGGAAUCACGGUUGAUCAUGAUACAUCCAUGAUAUAUGCAUCUGACUCAUGGUGGAAGGAUCAAGAGUUUGGAUGCAAAGUAACAAAAAGCUUGAACAGAAAGCCACCUCAAUUUUGGGAUGUGAUGCAACGAUGUUUCAUAUUACAUGAUGUUCAAUCACAAUCUCAACACUCUGCUCGACAAAGAAGAGAACAGUUGAUGAACGAGCAUGAAGAUUCAGACAGCAAUAGUGGUGACGUUCCACCUCAAAUUCUUGUGAUGCAAGACGAAGAAGAAGAAGGGUAUCAUGUUACCAUUGAUGACGAUGACACGAACCAAAAUUCUGCUCAUAGAGGCCAACAACGUGGGAGGCUAAAUUUGCAGUCAACCGCCAGACGUGGGAGUAAUUCACAAAGAUCUGGAGGAAGCUCACGAGUUUCUACUGGCAGUGGUUCACGAGGAACUCGUAGGAGACAAUCUUUUGAGACAACAAUACAAGACACCAUUGCUGGCUAUAGAGAAUUCCAACGACAAAACUUUCAAUAACUACGCCCUGGUGGUUUUGACCAAGAUGAUUAUGAUGAAUUUAAAAAGGCAGAAGCGAUAUUUAAUGAUCUUGACCUUCCCAAACAUACUAGAUUUUAUUGGGCCUGCAUUAAUGCACUUAAGGAGCUAGUAUUUUGGCGUAAGUAUUUCAUUGACAUAGCCUCAAGCACCGACGAGGAUAAGCUACAAUUGUUGGAAGUGAUGACUGGUGUUUC